UCCGUGCGAGCUUUAAAUUUCUUCGUUCAUCACUGAGAAGAAAAGCUGAAAAGCGUCGCACCUGGUGCCUGCCAUGGAGUUCACCAGGAUAGAAGGGGCUUCAUUCAACCAUGGAGCUGGUUUCAAUCCACUACCACAAAAAGUUCCCAUGAGAUACUCGUUCAGCUUGGACCAGAAGCGUAUCUUAAUGAAGCAUUAUGAGAAUGGAAUGUUCGGGCAGAGCUUGGCGUACCAGGACAAGAUUGUAGCUUGCGCUCAAGAAGCUGGGGUGGAUUUCGAUAUCGUCAGGAACUGGAUUGGCAACAUGCGACGGAAACGCCGCAUGGAAGAUGCCCAAAAGACCAACAUGACAGAUUUGAUGAUGCCACAUGAUCCGUCGGCAGAGAACAAGCGCCGUUUCUUGCCUCCUCCAUCCGGUGCCUUUCCAGGAUCUCUAUACCUCGUUCGGCAGCCAGCUGGCGGGAGAGUCCAACAACCCAGACCGCCGUCGGGCCCGAUCAUCAGGCCCAACACCCCCGGGUCACACCUGCCUCUGCCCACCAGCCUUAUCAAGAACACACCCUUAGCCACGCGGGACCAAAAUGUCGCCUUGCCAAGCUCCGGUCAGCCCAGCGCCGCCCAACCUUCGGGGGGUACGCCUUCAGGAUACCGACCCGUUCCAUCGAAGCAUGAGUUGGACGAUGAAAAGAGCAGUUGCCAGGUCGCUAGCACCGCCCAUCAACCCACAUCUCAACCCCAGGUUCCUAUGAAUGUUGCCGGGGUUGAAAGGCGAGAACAAUUGUGGAGUUCGCAACAGUUCCCCGAUGAGACAAUACCAUUAAUGAGAGGUCAGGGUCAAGGUCAAGGGUCAGGGCUGGGUCAUGAAGCUAAUGAUCAUGAAUGGAGGCAACAACAGAUUCAGAGUGUCAUGAAUCAAGUUCAACAGUCGGUGCAGCAGCUGGAGGGCCUCGGCUGUGAGUGUGUCGUAGCAACAGUCAUACCAUCAGACGGCGGUACGUACAUCACUGGUACCCCGAUAGCGGUGCAAUACUUCUCCGAGAUACAGAAGAUCCAGGCCAUGGCGGACUAUGUGAACCCUCUCGGCCCGCCGUCGAUUGACAGUGAAGAUACACAGAAUGACGCUAUCGAAGAAGCUAACAGUACAAACCGGCAGAGGAACCAGCUUGGUCAGGGUACCAAGAGCGACGGUGUCAAGCAGACGGCGCAUGAUGAUCAGACUGAAGCUAAGGACGAGGACGAAGCGAAUGAAGAGGGGGAGGGCAAAGCGGAAUCAGAGAGGAAAGAAGGAGAGGUCAUCAGGACAGGGGAAGAGGUGUACAUCGUCAACAAGGAUCAUUUUGUGAUCGGUACGGGCACUUUACUCCCAGCACCCCACAGGCGCAUUGAACUGAAAAACGUUCCCCUCCCCUGAUAAUACUGCCUGUACCUUUCAUUUUGGAUAUAAGUCUCAAGUCUCUGUACAAGUCAUUGUCCAAGCUGAACUACUGAGUCAAUGCCAGCCAUAGUUGGGACAAAGCCCUGGCCCAAUCUGAGUUUACUUCUUCGUGAAUAGCGACUAGACUAUGGUUGAAACAGUUGCUUUAAUUAAUGGGGCAUAACUUGGGUAUGCAAGCCAUCAUGAGUAAAGGCGUGGUGUCACUCGUGGAAUCUGUUGUGACGAUCUGGCCAUACUUUGGACACAAGCAACGACUUCACUUUGUGUGGACACCUAUACGUGUAGGAAUUUGCAGUGAGUUGGAAUAUCAUGAUCUCUGAAGCAGGGCAAGACAACGAUCUUUAUGUUUGUGAAGAGCACUUCUACAUUAGAAAAUCAAUUGAAUUUUCAUUAUAGUUUCUGCACUGCCUUCAUCCUAAGUGGCUGGUAAAAGGUCAUCUCUAAAACAACUUGGCUCUUUUCAAUUUGAAUGAUGAGCAUACCCAGGCCUGUGUGCUUCAUUGUUGAAAGGACAAGGGCACCAAGGCAUUUCUCCUUGGUAAAGGGCACCCUAUUAGGAAAUUGUAACUUUCAACUGGGCUAUUUCAAGGGCACCAAGGCAAUCAGGGGGCAUGAAGACGAUCACCUUCGUAGCCCCCGUGAAGUAUCUGGCCUGCAUACCAAAGCAAGAUACUUAUAAAUGCCCUCUCCUUUUACAUGUGACUGCUGUUUGGGGAUCUGUGGAUGAUGAGUUCUUUAGGUCAAUGGUGUCGGACUAAAAGACUUGCAAUCACAAGGUUUGGUUUUGAAUCCUACCAAGCUAACCGCUGUUAGCACAAUGACUAGAUUAAGUUUUGUCAUAAACAUGAAGUUUACUGACUCACGAUUUAUUGAUUUGUGCACUUCAUAAUCGUAUAUGUUAAACCAAUGUUUGUAUGAGAGAGAUUGGCUGU